AUGGAUCAAUUUGAUUCUACAAUCUGUUUAGCUUUUCUGUAUUAUGGUGGACUUAGCCACCUCUUUCCUCUAGAUGUUUCCGUUACAGGGAUAGAUCUAAUUUUCCUUUUCGCAGAGAAAACUGUUGUGUGGUAUCCUAAUGGAGUCAGUCCUGUAACAAUAGGGUCAAAAGUGGAGCUAACUUUCACUGAUGGGUUGGUGCUAACUUCUCCGAAUGGUGUAAGGUUAUGGAAUAAUGAGCAACUCAGUAGUGAUGUUUUUUCCAGUGUGCUCAAUGACACGGGGAACUUUGUGCUUGGAGGUCGCGCUUUCAACACUCUUUGGCAGACUUUCGACUUUCCCUGUGACACCUUGUUGCCUUCUCAGGUUAUUCUAAAAGAUGGAAAGCUUUCUUCAAGGCUUAAGGAGUCAAAUUUCAGUAAAGGAAGGUUUGAGCUUGUUUUAAAAAAUGAUAGUAAUCUUGUUAUUCAUUCUAUUAUCUUACCAUCUGGUAAUGCUAAUGAAGAAAACUACUAUGAAAGUGGAACUGUGGAAUCCAAUACUUCAAGUCCUGGAGCUCAAUUGGUCUUUGACAAAUCAGGAGACUUGUAUCUCUUGAGAGAGAACAGUGAGAAAUUCUAUAUCUCAGGAGAAGAUGGAGUACAAGAUGAGGAGAGUAAAGUCUCCCCUACUAAUUUUUAUCUUAGAGCAACUCUUAAUUUUGAUGGAGUGUUUUCACCUUUCAAGCAUCCAAAGAACUCAACUGAUAGUGGAAAUUGGACUACAGUGUGGUCUCAUCCUAAAAAUAUAUGUCAAUAUAUUGUUAGUUCAGGUAGUGGUGUUUGUGGAUAUAAUACCAUCUGCACUUUGGGAGAUGAUAAGAGACCAACAUGUCGGUGUCCAAAACGUUACUCACUGCUUGAUCCUGAUGAUCCACAUGGUAGCUGCAAGCCAGAUUUCAUACAAGGAUGUGCAGAAGAUGAACAAAGUAAAACAAAGGAUCUAUAUGAGUUUCAGGUUUUGAAUGACACUGAUUGGCCUCUAUCAGAUGCCGUGCUUCUAACGCGUUUUACAGAUGAACAAUGUAGGAAAGCUAGUAUGGAAGAUUGCAUGUGUUCUGUGGCUAUUUGGAGGUUAGGUGAUAGUUGUUGGAAGAAGAAGUUACCACUCUCAAAUUGAAGAGUUGAUGCGAGUCUUGGUGGUGCCAAGGCUCUCUUAAAAGUGA